AAGGUGGUCUCUCCUCCUCCUCCUCUCUAUUGUUCUUUCCCCAGAACCCUAAUCAUCAUCCCCAGAUUCGCAAUUCAUCGUACCCAAAAUCGACGAAAGGCACCACCUUUCUAAAAUCAAUGGAUCAUCAGAAUUACCCAUAUCAAAACCCUUUCGAGAGACGUCCCAUCCUUAAAUCCAAAGCUCCUGCUGUGAAGUGGAUCAAAGAGUGGGUACCACAAGACAUUGUUGCUACAGGUGGGAAGUGUUAUCUACAUAAAUGGGUUACAGAGGAUACUUUGAAGAAACUUAAAGAAAAAGAGAAAGAGCCUGAUGUUCCAGAGCCUGAGCCUGAACCAACUACAGAGAUUUUGUUUCUUUGUAGUUAUGAAGGAUGUGGGAAGACCUUCUUUGAUGUCAGUGCUUUAAGAAAACAUUCCCACAUUCAUGGAGAAAGGCAAUAUGUUUGUGAUCAUGCUGGAUGUGGAAAGAAAUUUCUGGAUAGUUCAAAGUUGAAGAGACAUUAUCUUAUUCAUACUGGAGAGAGGGCUUUUGUAUGUACUUAUGAAGGCUGUGGAAAGGCAUUCUCCUUGGAUUUUAAUCUCAGAUCUCACAUGAAGACUCAUUCACAAGAAAAUUAUCAUCUCUGUCCAUACAGUGGGUGUGGAAAGAGAUAUGCUCAUGAAUACAAGUUAAAGAACCACGUUGCUAACUACCAUGAAAAGAAUGGUGCUGGAGAGACGCCCAAAUAUACUCCACCGGCAGAGAAAGUAUCAAGGACUGUCAAAACACCUGCAGCAGUUUAUACUGCAUCUUUGGAUCGACCAUACGCAUGCCCAUAUGAAGGGUGUGAGAAAGCUUACAUACAUGAGUACAAGCUUAAGCUCCACUUGAAGAGAGAGCAUCCAGGGCAUUUACAAGAAGAGAACACGGAGAACCCCACACUGAUGAAGCACAACGGCAAUGACAGGAAUGAUAUGGAUAAUGGGAGUGAUCAAGAUGUUUACAGGAAACAUGCUAUUAACGGGAAAAGCCAGACCCAUAAACAACAGAGCAGAGCUAAGCCAAACAUGAGGACACCACCAACCAAAGCUGGAAAGAAAGGCUCAACCUCUUCGCCUGCCAAAGUGAGGAUUGCAAAUAUACCAUGGCAAGCAAAAGAAACUUUUGAAGAAGUACAAAGAGAAGAAGAAGAAGAUAGCGAGGAGACUGAGGAAGAUAGAGAGAAUGUGGAUGAUGGCUGGAGGUUUGGCGAAAACAACGAGGAGGAUGACGAUGAAGAGACAGAGUAUGAAGACUAGCUUAAAUUACGUCCAAGUCAUAGGAUAAAUUUCGACUAUAUGCUUUGGUGACUUUAGUAGCUUUGUUUUGUCUCUCUUAUACUCUUCUUAAUUUGAAAGCAUUGUAUAGUCUUCUAUUAAAUUUUUUGGAAAGCUCUUCUUUUGUUUUGAUCAAUUAUUGCAAUGCUAUCCCUAUA